AUGCCAGCAAAUAGACACACUUGCGGGGAAUUUCCCAUCGCUGUACAGAUGCACAGCUACCGACUGAUAGCCGCCAUGCUGAUCUGCCUCUGCCUAACUGCGGUGGCAACAGCAAGCACCAUUCCAAAGCAAACUACUAGCUGUAGUACAUCACAAGACUGCACAAACCGGUCCCCUCUGUCGGACGCAACCUUGGCGGGGAAAUCUAAGCGAUCGGCUCUACCCAUCAUGAACGAGCUUACACCUCGGUCUAGCACUGGAGACAGAAGUCUGCUUGCCGUGUCCUUUGAUAGCAACAGUAACAGCGUUCUGGAAGCCACUGGACCAUCCGGGCGCAAUGGUAAGGAUUUGCUCGACGAGUCCUACCAGCGCACCAAGGAACUUGCCAUGAACAUAUCCAACGUUCAACGAGCGGUGUUAGCAUCUCAACAACAGCGUCCUCCACCGUUCAGGGUGCAAAGCCCAACACCAUCACACGGCAGCCGUCAGAACCCUAAUCCAGACAUUCAGGACAUCAUCACCGGGAUUGUGAAGCUUCUGAACGGAAACGUGAACGUACACGCGAACCCUCAACCCACCCGACGUCAUUCGGCUACUCGCAUCAACAACCGGGGUCCUCCACGCAUAUCGGAAGCACAACCACUACCGAACGAGUAUGAGGGUGAACUGGGUGCUCCGACUUCUUCCCGCCCGUUGCUACAGCAGGACCCAGGACAACAGCAACCAGGUCCUUCGCAAGGUCCACGACCGGAUCAUCCCGUGCGUCCCUUCCUCACUGGCGUUCCAAUACCGGAGCAGAUUGUGCCGUCGAUGCAGCAAACCUACCGACCUGGAUUCGUCUCACAAAACAGACCUCCGUGGCAGAGACCCAAACCACGGCCACCGAUAUCACCUAACCGACGGCCGAUUCCACCUUACAAACCGUACCCAACCAGUCUGGAUUAUCGACCGGAUCCGUCUAACUACGAUGGAAGUGGCCCUUCGAAUGCGGGACCGAUUGCCAUUCCUACCAACAACGAUGGUGGUGGAAAUGCGAUCGAUAACGUUACCGAAAAGGUGAUCGAAGACCCGCCCUACGAGACUCCCGGUGCGGGAGGGAACUAUCCCACGACGACGCAAGUAACCAAUGAUGCGAAUGCAGAGGUAGACGUUACCACAGCCACCACAACAUCUUCCAAUUCGGAUGCGGAAAACGAUCACCAGCCGCUGGAGGGGGCACAAAAACGACGACCCACAACACAAACGAUACCUACGGAGGUCCAAUACACGAUUGAGUCUGCGACGAGUGCUGCCAGUGUGAUGCCCGCGAAUGGUCCGAAUGGAGAGUCUUAUGAUCCGGAAGUGGUCCCAAGUGUCUACGAGAUCAAUUCAAUCGAGUAUCUCCCAACGAGUGGAGUGCUAGAACCAUCGCCAACAACGACUAGCGUGAUUAUUACUUCCAGUGCAGAUGCACUAGAACCCUCGACCAGUGACGCGAGUGAUCAUUCUUUAACGAUCUCCUCAACACCCACCCUUCUGCCUACGACGGACACAUCCACGAUCUCGAAAACGAAAACAACAACGACAACGACGAGCUCUGCUCUAGCGGAAAGCAAACCUGCGGACGUAAUUACCCCCACUGCAUCGCCUGCAUCAACGGAUGCAACGAAGCCUCCAGACUAUCGAUUUCAACCCCGGCCAGGUUUGGUACUGGAUGAUCCUGACUUCAAACCGGGUGGUGGUGCUGGAACUCCCAACAGCAAUUCCAUCCGCACUCAGAACUUGCCGCCGUUUGCCAAUCGUCCAGAAAUAUACACGGCUCCGCCUCCUGGUUCCGCCGGGCCCGGACCUGGAGGGGCACGUCCUCCGAAUUACGGUGAGAUCUUCGAUGUCACGCUGUCCGCCAUCCAAGGACCGGGUGGUGCAGGUGGUUCGGGAUCACAGCAAACGAUCAAAAUUAACCCUUACUACAAUCGACCCGGCCAUCCGGGUGCAGGGCCCGAGGCCAGUAUCAUUCUCACGGGCACUGGCACGGAUGGGUUCGUUUCGAUCGAUGGCAAACGAUCGUACAUUGAUCUGUUCGGCACGGAAACACAACGCGGCCAAAAAACCCAAAUACAACCCACAGCGACACGCACCAACAGCCCGCCGGUUGCUACGGAGCGACCCAAACCCCCCAAGUUAGGUCCAACACCUCCGGCUCUACAACCCGGUAUCGUCGGUACCGGAUAUGCCGUGCCGGAAACUGAAUCUCCGGUACACGCAGGACCACUCGGUGGAAACAAAUUACCCUCCGGAGGUUCUGGACAACUUCAUCGCGUCCCAUCGGUACACCAGAAUCGUCCAAAGUACCCGGGAGCACUUGGAUUGCCACCGGUACGUAUCGACACCUGCAUUGUGGGCGACGACUCCACGUGUGAUCAGGCCCAGAACGAGCGCUGUCGAACGGAGAACGGUGUGUCCAGCUGUCAUUGUCGACCGGGGUACGCUAGACGUAAGCAUCGUGAACCAUGUCGACGCAUCGUCUCACUGAUGCUGUCGAUGCGGGUGGACAAAAUCUACGAACGUCGCAUCCAUUGGGAUGUCGCGUUGGCGGACCGCAGCAGUGAGAAGUACCAGCAGCUGAGCUAUGAGGCCAUUCGCGCGAUGGAUUCGGCAAUGUCUAUGACACCGUUCUCGGACGAGUUCUUGGAGGCACGCAUCAACGGCAUCUACACCGUCAAUCCAUCGACGGGAUCUUCCGCGUCCGGUUCCCCUGCCAGUGCCGUGUUUGUCAACUACACCGUCAACUUGGACGAAAACGCGGAAACACUUCGACCGGCACUCCGUUCCGACAUACAGCGGCAUCUGUUGGGAGUCAUCCACCGACGGAACAACAACAUUGGCAACUCCGCGCUAUACGUAGAGGCACCUACAGGAGCCGUUUCCAGCGUGCAGGAUGUCGAUGAGUGUACGUCCGAUGAAUUGAACGAUUGCGACGAGGAAGCACACUGCACCAACCUGUUCGGCACGUUCCGAUGCGAAUGUAACGUAGGCUUCCGAGAUCCGUGGGCGGACCAACCGCAACGGGCCGGCCGCGAAUGUCUGUCGUGUCCGGAAUCGUACUGCACGAAUCGUGGCACCUGUAGCUACGAUAACGCCAAUAACCGACAGGUGUGCAAGUGUCUCGGCAGCUACUACGGCACUCAGUGUGAGAUCGAUGGCGAGGUGCUCGGGGUGGCUGUCGGUGCAUCGGUUGCCGCCGUCAUCAUCAUUGUGCUGACGCUUAUCUGCCUUGUCAUGUGGAGUCGGAAGUGGCAGCGCGAGCACAAAAAUGCCAUGGGUAGCCCUGUGUUUGGAUAUCUCGGCAACGGACAGGUGAAGACACCGGUCAUGGGACAGGCACCGUACCAGGUGACACUAGAGGAUCGCAUGCGAUGGGCGCAGAUUGCGGACGUAAUGGCUCAAGCGAAUCAUUACGCGGUAAGCUACAUCGAUGCUGAACCCGUUGCAGGACGUCCAUCGUCGGCUAUGUUUGGCUACCCUAAUUUGCAGACGAUCGGAAGCAUGAACACCCUCUCGCUACAUGGAACCUUGCCUAUGCACACCGGAACCUUGCCGCCCGUGCCGUUACCAAGAACUCUUGGACUGAACAGAAAUGGCAUGCGAACGUUGGAAAACUCCAGCUCCAGCGAGGAAGAGGACCGUGCUGAUCUGCUGGGACGCAACUUUAACGUGCCACGGCCAAAGAGUCGCAGCAAUGCUAGCGUCACGUCGGGGAUCUACUACGAUGUGGAUUACGCACCGACGGGUGCCGAACAGCUGUACGGUGGUGGAAGUACACUCGGCGGUACGAUAGGAGGCGGUGGGUUGGGCGGACUAUCUGGGGGUGGCGGAGGUGGCACAACGAAAUCGCAAAGCAGCAUACCAAUGAGCACCUACACAUCUUCCGGUCGGCCAUUACAGUCGACGUACUAUAAAUAA